CCAGUCCCAAUAGCUUUUGCUCUGGAGAGUUGGGGCUGGUCCCGGGCUGCCAGCUCCUUCCCCGCCCCCGGCCCAGGAAUUGGGUGUGUCUCCAGCACCGCCGUCACCCAGCUGCUACUGUCUAUUCCGAAGCAGUCAAAGCAGAGUGCCUCCUUCCAAGCCAGCCGCUCUUUCUUGCUCUUCCUUUACCCUCCGGGCCCCACCAUGCCCCGUUUCGCUUUGCCCCCGCUCCUGCUGCUUUCGCUACUCCUGUGUCUCUGGUCCCACCGCUUGACAGGGGCAAGCGACAGCGGCAACACUAGUGAGUGCGGUCAGUGCGUCCCGGAGAGCUGCGAGCCCGUGCGAUGCAAGGCUCCCGAGCUCUCCGUGCGGGACGACUGCGGAUGCUGCGAGCAGUGCCUGGGCGCCGAGGGCGAGCUGUGCGGAGGCAGAGCUGGUGCGGGGCGGAGGCGCCAAGCCCGCUGCGGCCCGGGACUAGUCUGCGUGAGCCAGUCCCGGGAGGUGCUGGGGGCUGCCGCGUCCCAGGAACCGCUGCCCGAGGAGUUGGAGGGCACGGGGCUGUGUGUGUGCAAGGAGGACGGAGCCGUGUGCGGGUCGGACGGGCGUUCCUACCAGAGCGUGUGCGCCCUGCACCUGCACAGCUGGAUCUCGGUGAGGGCCGGCCACGAGCGGGUCCACAAGGCGCACGAUGGCGAGUGCAAGUUGGCUCCUGUGAUUGUUAUGCCACCUAAAAAGAUUCACAAUGUAACUGGGGCCCAAGUCUACCUGUCCUGUGAAGUGAAGGCUGUUCCAACACCGGUCAUCACCUGGAGGAAGAUCACAGAGUCUCCCAAGGGAGUCAAGUUGCUGGAGGAGCUGCCGAGGGACCGAGUUAAUAUGGCUGUCCAGGUCCGUGGUGGCCCAUCUAAACAUGAAAGUACAGGUUGGGUUUUGAUAAACCCCCUGACAAAGGAGGAUGAAGGGGUGUAUCAGUGCCAUGCCACUAACAUGGUGGGGGAGACACAAUCCUAUGGUACAAUAAAGGUUACAGAUCUGAAUAAAUACAAAAAAAUGAACUUCAUAGCACCAGAUGAUAUGUAAUCAGGGUGCCAGGGAAGCUGAUUACAAAAUGGAGAAGAGUCAAUUAGUGGAUUGUUUUGUUUUGUCGUGCAGCAUGAACUAGAAAACACUGCCCCAUUUUUUAUGUACUUUUCCAUUUUAGAUGAAAAACUAGAACAAAAAAAGAUACAGAUGUAAUUUUUAGCUGGGAAAUAAUGAAUAAGGAAAACAAAUAAAAAUAAAAUCACAGGCAGUUUUUGAGAAAUGAC